GCAUCACCCCGGCGUCGGUCGCGCCGCGCCGGGCUGUAAGAUGGCGGCAGCGGCGGCGGGCGGGGGCGGCGGCAGCGUGAACCCCUUCCUCAGCGACUCCGAGGAGGACGAGCCCGAGGAGGCGCGGGCCGGCGGCGGCAGCAGCAGCAGCACCGAGCCGGGCGGGCCCGCGUACCCGCAGCCGCCGGCGGAGGCGGCGGGGAGCCCCGAGGAGCUGCCGGGGCUGCGAGCGGCGGCGCCGGGCGAUGCUGCCGCGGGGGCGGGGGAGCCGUCGCGGGUGCCGAUGGACGCGAUAGCGGCGCAGCUGCUGCGGGACCAGCUCUUGCUGACGGCGCUGGAGCUGCACACGGAGCUGCUGGAGAGCGGCCGGGAGCUGCCCCGGCUCCGCGACUUCUUCUCCAACCCGGGCAACUUCGAGCGGCAGAGCGGCACGCCGCCCGCCGGCGGGGCCCUGGGCAGCCUGGGCAGCGGUAGCGGGCUCGGGGGAGCCGGCGGCAGGGAGCCCGGGGCCGGGCAGCUCAAUCGCGCUGGAAGCAUCAGUACUCUUGAUUCCUUAGAUUUUGCAAGAUACUCUGAUGAUGGCAAUAGGGAAACAGACGAAAGAGUAGCAGUCCUGGAGUUUGAACUACGGAAAGCCAAGGAGACCAUACAGGCCCUUCGAGCCAACCUGACUCAGGCUGCAGAAAAUGAAGUUCCUUUGCAGGAACGAAAAAAUUAUAAAUCAAGUCCUGAAAUUCAGGAGCCAAUCAGACCUCUUGAGAAAAGAGCUCUAAACUUCCUAGUAAAUGAAUUUUUAUUGAAGAAUAGUUACAAGCUUACAUCAAUAACAUUUUCAGAUGAAAAUCAUGAUCAGGAUUUUGAACUUUGGGAUGAUGUAGGAUUGAACAUUCCAAAGCCUCCUGACCUGUUACAACUCUACCGUGACUUUGGAAACCAUCAUGUUACUGCAAAAGAUAUGGUGGAUGCAUCAGUCGGUGUAGAAGACGAUGAGUUAGAAGCUGACACUCCUAUACUUGGGACCGUCCCUGUAUUUGAAACAACGCCACAGUCAAUAGAACAAUGUUUAAUAGUGCAAAAAUUAGAAGAUCAAAUUAGUGUGUUAAACAGUGAGAAAUGGUCUUUGAUGGAACAAAUCCAAAGACUUGAGAGUGAAAUAGAUCUUCUCAAGAAUGAAAACUUUGCUGUGUCAACAGUUUAUGGUGUAGCUCCCCAUCCUUCUUUAAAACAAGUGCCUCUCACAGUCUCAGAGGACAAUGGACGGUACUUGGAUAUCAAGAGCUCUGAGAAUGACAAUAAACAUGGAAACACUGAGGAAACAAGCCUUGCUUUAUCAGCUGAAGUGGACUCAAGGACUUCUAAAGACGAUAUGCUAAAUUCUGUGCCCCGUAAAGAGACAGAGAAACUGUCCUCACGUGCUCCAUCAUCUAAAACUGCAGUCCACUUUGAUAAACCUAAUAGGACAUUGUCACCAGCUUUCCAUCAAGCGCUACUGUCUUUCUGUCGGAUGUCAGCAGACAGCCGUUUGGGAUCAGAGGUAUCUCGGAUUGCAGACAGUGAAAAAAGUGUCAUGUUAAUGUUGGGACGCUGCCUGCCUCAUAUUGUUCCUAAUGUGCUACUUGCAAAGCGAGAGGAAUUGAUCCCACUCAUACUGUGUACAGCCUGCCUCCAUCCUGAACCCAAAGAGAGAGACCAACUUCUACACAUACUGUUCAAUUUGAUCAAACGACCAGAUGAUGAGCAAAGACAGAUGAUAUUAACUGGAUGUGUGGCAUUUGCCCGACAUGUUGGACCAACACGUGUAGAAGCUGAACUUUUACCACAGUGUUGGGAGCAGAUCAACCACAAAUACCCAGAGCGACGGCUGCUGGUAGCAGAAUCCUGUGGAGCUCUUGCACCCUACCUUCCAAAAGAAAUUCGUAGUUCGUUAGUACUUUCCAUGCUGCAACAAAUGCUGAUGGAAGAUAAGGCAGAUCUGGUACGAGAAGCUGUGAUCAAAAGCCUUGGCAUCAUUAUGGGCUAUAUUGAUGAUCCAGACAAAUACCAACAGGGCUUUGAAUUGCUGCUUUCAGCUCUAGGAGACCCUUCAGAACGUGUGGUUAGUGCGACACAUCAGGUAUUUUUACCUGCUUAUGCUGCCUGGACAACAGAACUGGGAAAUCUACAGUUCCAUCUUAUACCUACACUGCUUAAAAAAAUUGAAAAAUUGCUCAGGGAAGGAGAACAUGGCUUGGAUGAACAUAAGCUCCACAUGUAUCUGUCUGCUCUGCAGUCACUGAUUCCUUCGCUGUUUGCAUUGGUGCUACAGAAUGCACCUUUCACAAGCAAGGCUAAACUUCAGGGAGAAGUACCACAAAUAGAAGUCACUAGAUUCCCCCGACCCGUAUCGCCCCUUCAGGAUGUGGCCAUCAUCAUCGGAAGCCGCGAACAGUUAGCAGUGUUGUUGCAACUCUAUGACUAUCAGCUGGAACAUGAGGGUACCACAGGCUGGGAGUCUCUGCUAUGGGUAGUCAAUCAACUGCUACCACAGCUUAUAGAAAUAGUUGGCAAGAUCAAUGUAGCAUCAACUGCCUGUGUCCAUGAGUUCUCUAGAUUUUUCUGGAGACUUUGUAGGACAUUUGGGAAAAUUUUUACAAACACUAAG